GUUCUUCGUGAGUGAUCGUCAAUACCGUCCUCAAGCCCAAGUCAAACUGCGUCCGAUCAAUCAUGGGGAAACGCAAGCGACACUACCAGAAUGCCGAUGAGCCAGCCCCCAAGUUCGGACUUGCGGCAGCUCUUGCGCACCUCAGGAAACCCGAAUUGCCUUACGAAAAGCCUACAGACACAGCCGAGGACGACGACGAAGGCUGGAUUACCGUCGGGAAGGGUGGGCGGCCGUUGAAGAAGCAGAAGAAGGAGGGAAGCGACCACCAUAGCUCGCACCACCCUCGUCGUACCGAGGUAGAAUCUCCAAAGCAGAAGCAGAAACGGGAUCUCGGGGAACACAGCGAGCGCAAACAUUCUUCUAAGGAUCACUCGAAUCGGUAUUCCAAGAAAGCGAAUAAAUGUGGCAAGGAUGAAAACCAGUACCCUUCAAUAGAUCAUUCCCACAACACACGUCUUCAGUCCCACCUCAAAAUAACCGACUUGCAAUCUCUCAUAUUGUAUAUACUAGCAGAUGGCUUUGGCCCGCAAUGGGUUGCUGUUCGGCAUCGCAGUUCUAUACGACAGGUGGUCGUGCUCAUGGUUCCUGGCUUAGAGCAAGGCAUGUUUACAGGCAGGAUAGCUCUAGAAUCUCCUCAGCCCUCCCUGCCUACUGGAGAGGCUGGGAUAUUGAUUAACAACUCACCUGCUACUAAUGCCAUCAAAGAACAACAGAGCACAUCAAAGCGACUGGAGAUCUCACCCGACGACUACUACCCGGUCAGCCUCAGACCCCAACGUAUGCCGGAAUCUCUCAAGCCCUUCGCGGACAUCUUCCCCCACGUCUGGCCGAUUAGAGCUGUAGCGGAAUCGCAUGGUACCCAGAUUUUCAGGGUACUGUCGCCGAUGCACACGAUGUUGACAUCGCAGAUGCCGAAGACGAAGGAAGAGAGACAAAUUCGAAAGAAUUCAGGGCAUAAGGGCCCCGUGCCUCAGAAUUCGAAAAAUUGGGAGAAUAAACGUACAUCAAUCACUGAAUAUCUUGCGGAUCUGCUAGCACAGAAGGAGAAUGAAUAUGUGGUGCACCCAGCGUGGUAUACUACGCAAGAAGCCAAGGAGGCAGCGCAUCGACAACGCAAAGAGGCCAAGCAGGCGUCAGAGGAUGGGUGGGUUGAUACGAAUGUCACUAAUCUUGAGGACGGCACCGUGCCUGAUAAUGAGAUCGAGCAGGGUAGUGUGACUGCUGGAAGAGAUAUCCUGGUCAUUGACUGUGAAAUGUGCAAGUCAGAGGAUGAUGUGUUGGUGCUCACGCGGAUCAGUAUGCUUGACUGGGAUGGCAAAGUUGUCCUUGAUGAACUUGUAAAGCCAGAUGUGCCCAUCAAGGACUAUCUCACACAGUUUUCUGGUAUCACGGAAGCUAUGCUGAAAGAUGUCACGACUAGUCUAUCUGAUAUUCAGAAGCGGUUGCUAGAGAUCAUCACCCCGCGUACUAUUCUACUUGGACAUUCUUUAAAUUCUGACUUCAACGCUCUCAAGCUCACUCAUCCUUAUAUUGUUGAUUCUGGAAUCAUCUACCCGCAUCCCCGAGGACCGCCAUACAAGCAGUCGCUAAAGUGGCUAGCCCAGAGAUAUCUCUCCUUAGAGAUCCAGAAAGGGACCAAAGGCCACGACAGUGUGCAAGACGCCCGCGCAUGUCUUGAUCUAGUCAAGCAGAAAUGUGAACGUGGUCCACGAUGGGGAACCAGCGAAGCGAACUCGGAAUCAAUUUUCAAGAGGUUGGGUCGGGUAUCACGUCCCAACACUCAUAAGUCCUCUUCCGACGGAGAACGAUACAGGACGGGCGCUGUCGUAGACUGGGGAGAUCCUACUCGAGGACAUGGUGGCCAGGCACGAGUAGCAAUCGGAUGCAAGAGCGAUCAGGACGUGGUCGAGGGUAUCGAAGCUGCUGUAAAGGGCCGUGCAACAGGCAAUGACGGCGCAACGACAAAAGUGGACUUUAUAUGGGCUCGGCUUCGCGAACUUGAGCUGGUUCGUGGGUGGUGGGAUGACGCGAAGACAGCCGACGUAGAAGAAAUUCGAACAAAGGCCCUUGAGAGGUUGGGACGAACAUCUUCUGAUCUAGAAGAUGGCACGGAGGUAACUGGCUCAGAGCUCGGAGAUGCCGUUGCCCGAACUGUCGACUACAUUGUCAAAGUCUUCGAAUCAUUGCCACCCUGUACUGCAUUCAUCGUGUACAGUGGAACAAGCGAUCCUCGAGAAGUGCGCCGGCUGCAGAAUAUGCGGCAUCAAUAUCAACGAGAAUUCGCGACGAAAAAUUGGGAUAACCUGAGCGUCAAAUGGACGGAUACAGAAAACCAAGCCCUCUCACAGGCGUGCAAAGCUAUCCGAGAAGGGGUUGGAUUCAUUGUGGUAAAGUGAGAGGAUUAUUUGUGUGUCAGUUGUGCUACCGCGCGGUCGGAUGGAAGUGGCACAUUGUUUCAAGGUGGAGUGCCAUGGCAUUGUACGUCGAUAUAGGCUCACGAGGGAGAUAGUCUGGCUUUACGGGCAUUGUACGCCAAUAUAGCUGUUUGGUGUAGGGCAUUAUACGGGAGAUCACGCUGGCACGACGGUUGUGUCGGCUCCGGCCUGACCCAUUGUGGAGGCAAAAGUGUU